AUGGCCACGAAACAUGAGUACAACUUCAUGAAGACGUCCACUUCACGCGUGGACAGAGAAUCACGCGUGGACAGAGAAUCACGCGUGGACAGAGAAUCACGCGUGGACAGAGAAUCACGCGUGGACAGAGAAUCACGCGUGGACAGAGAAUCACACGUGGACAGAGAAUCACGCGUGGACAGAGAAUCACGCGUGGACAGAGAAUCACGCGUGGACAGAGAAUCACACGUGGACAGAGAAUCACGCGUGGACAGAGAAUCACGUGUGGACAGAGAAUCACGCGUGGACAGAGAAUCACACGUGGACAGAGAAUCACGCGUGGACAGAGAAUCACGCGUGGACAGAGAAUCACGCGUGGACAGAGAAUCACGCGUGGACAGAGAAUCACGCGUGGACAGAGAAUCACGCGUGGACAGAGAAUCACACGUGGACAGAGAAUCACACGUGGACAGAGAAUCACGCGUGGACAGAGAAUCACGCGUGGACAGAGAAUCAUGGCCAAAGCAGUUUUCCCGUGUGUGGGCACAUUUAUCUUUCCACACGGUGACAGGAGAAGAUGUAAUGGGGCAGAUGUUUCUUUAA